AUGGAAACGCUUUCGAUUAAUAUGAUUUUAACUUUUCCUUUAGAUCCUAUGCACAUGGUGUACCUAGGUGUCACAAAAAAGCUGGCUAAUUUAUGGAUAGAUUUAGCACACAGGAGACUGCUGAACUUGAACUCAUGUGCAAUUAGGGACAUAAAUAAUUUAAUAUCAGGUUGCGAGGCAAGUACUCGUUCCGACUUUCUGCGAAAAUGCCGUACACUAGACUUUGUAUCGGCAUGGAAAGCUUCUGAAUGUAGGUUGUUCCUUCCGUAUUUAGGCCCGGUGAUUCUUCAAAAAACAUUGCCGCAACCUCUGUAUCUUAAUUUCCGGCGUUUAGCGUUAUCCAUUUAUCUGCUUGCACAUCCUAAAUUACAUAAUACUGUUGUAGAAUCCGCCAGAACAGAUUUACAAAACUUCGUGAAGGAAUAUGAAUGGUGUUAUGGGUCUGAAAACUUAGUUUACAAUAUGCAUUCGUUACAGCACCUCCCUGAUGACGUUCGUGCACAUGGACCUUUAGAUAGUUUUUCAGCCUUUCCAUCCGAGUCUUAUAUGAGACAAAUUAAGGAUUCUGUACACAGUGGGUUUGCUGUAGCUAAGCAAGCAGCUCAGCGUUAUGCUGAAAAAAUGUCCUUCUGCGAUAGGUCUCAACGUAGCUGUUCAAUAAAUAAUACCCCGAUAGGCGCUAAUGAUGUCUCCAAUAAACAAGUAAUUAUGUGUAAGAAUAGUAAAAUAACUUCAUCUAAGCCUAAUAAUGUAGUGGUAGUAAACGGACAGCCUGGUUUAGUCACUGAUAUAAGGGAGGAUGGACAACUGUAA